AUGGGUUUUCAAGAAUUGAUGAAUCCCAUUGACUGGGAGCAAGAAUCUUACCCGCAGUACGAGGAUUUCGCCGUGCUUCCAUUUUUUGCUAUGCUUUUCCCUACAGUUCGAUUCUUGCUCGACAGAUUCGUAUUUGAGAAAGUUGGAAGGCGGGUAAUAUACGGAAAGGCAGCACAAUUGGUGGAAAAUGAGACGGAUGAUCAAAAGAAGAAGAUAAGGAAGUUCAAAGAAUCGGCUUGGAAAUGUAUCUAUUAUCUUUCUGCUGAGAUAUUGGCUCUUGCCGUGACUUAUAACGAGCCUUGGUUCAGAAAGACAAAAUAUUUCUGGGUAGGGCCCGGGAACCAAGUCUGGCCUGACCAAUCAUACAAGCUGAAACUUAAGGGCCUCUACAUGUUUGCGGGUGGAUUCUAUUCGUACUCUAUUUUUGCUUUGGUAUUUUGGGAAACGAGACGUUCGGAUUUUGGGGUCUCUAUGAGUCACCACGUUGCCACAUUCAUUCUCAUCGUCUUAUCAUAUGUAUUCAGGUUUGCACGUGUGGGUUCUGUCGUUUUAGCCCUUCACGAUGCGAGUGAUGUGUUUCUUGAAAUCGGGAAGAUGUCGAAGUAUAGUGGGGCAGAGGCAGUGGCUAGCUUCUCGUUUGUCCUCUUUGUAUUGUCGUGGAUUGUUCUUCGUCUUAUAUACUACCCGUUUUGGAUUCUAUGGAGCACAAGUUAUGAAGUCGUACAAACAUUGGAUAAGGAAAAACACAAAGUCGAUGGACCAAUCUAUUAUUACAUUUUCAAUUUCCUUCUUUUCUCCUUACUCGUUCUUCAUGUAUAUUGGUGGGUGUUGAUGUACCGAAUGCUCGUCAAGCAAAUCCAAGCAAGGGGACGAGUCAGUGAAGAUGUUAGGUCCGAUUCUGAGGAUGAAGAUGAUGAGCAUGAAGAUUAG